AGUUCAUUAACUCUUGAACACAAAGCCAAACCAAAAGGAAAGAAAGAAAUUAAUCACUAAACUCAAACACGACAGGCAAAAGAGGAAAAAUCCAAAGCUUGUCCCAUUUUCUUCCUCUCUCCUUUCAAGUUGACUUUGAAACAGAUCUUCUUUGGCAGUGUUGUCAGCAAACCCCACCACUUCAUUGUUCACACACCCAUAUUGUCCUAAAAUGUAGAUUUUUGCUUUGGUUACCGCUAAAUUGAUAGGCCAAACAUAUCAGUCUUGAACGAGUCUUUACCACGUGUUUUGAUAUUGGGUCUGAACGAUAUGUAUUGAGAUGGUGGUGAAUGAGAAGAUGCAGUUUUUUCACUUUGGAAAAGGAGCGAGAGGUGGCAGAGACAUGGCAAGCAAGAACCUCCGGUUGCUCUUGUUUCUGGUUCUCUUCUGUUCCUGGAUUCAUCUGAUUUGCUCAACAACAAACACAAAUGACCUCACUGUUCUUUUAGCCCUGAAAGCCCAGUGGCAGAACACACCGCCCAACUGGGGCAAGUCCGGUGAUCCUUGUGGACUGCCUUGGGAUGGAGUCACCUGCCACAAUAAUUCAAGAGUGACCGGAUUAGGGUUAUCUGGCAUGAAUAUCAAAGGGCUGCUGCAACAUGAAAUAGCGGGUCUCACAGAACUCACUUAUUUGGAUCUUUCCCUAAACAAGGAUCUCAGUGGAUCAAUACCUCCAGAGUUGGGAAGUCUACAGAACUUGAAUAUCUUAAUUUUAGCUGGAUGCAGCUUCAGUGGUAGUAUUCCUGAUGAAUUGGGCAACCUUUCAGAGCUGACUUUCUUGGCACUAGAUACCAACAAUUUUAGUGGUAAUAUACCUGCUUCUUUGGGUAAUCUCUCCAAACUCUACUGGUUUGACAUGUCGGAAAAUCAGUUAGAUGGGUCACUACCAGUUUCAACGGACACCACCCCAGGGUUGGACCUUUUGCUCAAAUGUUAUCACCUCCACUUGAGCAAGAACCGACUGUCGGGCACCAUACCAGAUAAACUGUUUAGUUCAAAGAUGUCUCUGAUACACAUAUUAUUUGAUGAUAACCAAUUUAUUGGUUCUAUACCAUCCACAGUAGGCCUUGUCCGGACGCUCCAGGCUCUCCGACUCGAUAGGAACUCCUUUUCUGGAAACGUCCCUUCAACUCUCAACAACCUUACAAAACUCAGUGAGCUGAAUUUAGCAUACAACGGAUUGAACGGUUCUUUGCCAAACUUAACAGGGAUGAAUGCACUCAGUUACAUUGACCUCAGCAACAACUCUUUUGCGGCUUCAGUAGCUCCAGAUUGGUUCUCAACUUUAUCAUCUCUCACCACUCUAAUCAUACAAUACGGACCGCUUCAAGGGACUGUACCACCAAACCUCUUCAGCCUUCCGCAGCUACAGCAAGUUGAUAUGAGAAAUAAUGCUUUCAAUGGAACGCUGUACAUGGGUACCAGCGUCAGUCCAAAAUUGGUGCUCGUUAAUUUGGAAGAUAACCAGAUCGAAUCCCUGUUGACCAGUCCCUACCGGAACAGAUUAACACUAAUGGGAAAUCCGGCAUGUACCAAUGCGCCUGUUCUCUCAACUUUGGGGUACUGCGAAGAUCAGCAGCCACAAGUUUAUUCCACCCCAGCCAAAUGCAGAGGUGCAUCGUGUCCCUCAGAUCGGAAGCUUGAACCUGGAAGCUGCAUGUGCGCGGUUCCGUAUGAAGGAACAUUCACAUUUAAAGCUCCAUCAUUCAGCGAUUUGUUCAACGCCACUCUGUUUCAAUCGUUGGAAGUAGAACUGUGGCGGACAUUGAACCUACCUAAUGGUUCAGUUUCCCUUCAGAAUAUCGGCUUUAAUCAAAGCAGUGGCUAUCUUAUGGUACCUGUGUCUUUCUUUCCAUCUGAUGGGACGUACUUCAGUAGGUCAGAUAUUGGGAGGAUCGGAUUUAUUAUCACGAACCAUACAUUUCAGCAGCCCACGGGCUUCGGCCCCUACAUCUUCAGCGCAUAUCCUUAUCCAUUCCCAGCUCACGGAAUACGAAUCAGCAUCGGCGUCAUAGCAGGGAUUGCCAUUGGCUGCUCAGUCCUGGUUCUUGGACUUGUGUGGUUAGCAAUAUAUGCUAUCCGACAGAAGAAAAGAGCACAAAGAGCAACGGAAUUGAGCAAACCAUUUGCAUCCUGGAUACUGAGGGGAAGUGGUGGCGGAGGAGCACCCCGAUUGAAGGGGGCAAGGUGGUUCUAUUUCGACGAAAUCAAGAAGUGCACCAAUGGUUUUUCUGAAAGUAACGAGAUAGGCUCCGGGGGCUAUGGAAGGGUCUACAAAGGAAUGCUUCCUGACGGCCAAGUGUUGGCAAUCAAGAGAGCUCAGCAGGGGUCGAUGCAGGGCGCGCACGAGUUCAAGACGGAAAUCGAGCUACUUUCUCGAGUCCAUCACAAGAAUCUCGUCGGCCUCGUUGGCUUCUGUCACGAACAAGGAGAACAGAUGUUGGUCUACGAAUAUAUGCCCAAUGGGACACUUAAGGAGAACUUGUCAGGGAAAACAAGCAUACCUCUUGACUGGAAAAGGAGGCUCCAGGUCGCCCUUGGCUCCGCGAGAGGACUGGCAUAUCUGCACGAACUCGCGAAUCCCCCUAUAAUUCACAGAGAUGUCAAGUCCACGAAUAUCUUGUUGGAUGAAAAUUUGGUGGCUAAAGUUGCAGACUUUGGCUUGUCUAAAAUGGUGGCGGACAGCGAGAAAGGACAUCUUUCAACACAAGUCAAGGGCACAAUGGGCUACUUGGAUCCAGAAUAUUACACGACCCAGUUACUAACAGACAAGAGCGAUGUCUACAGUUUCGGGGUCGUGAUGCUUGAACUGAUAACUGCGAAGCCACCGCUCGACAAGGGCAAGUACAUCGUCCGUGAAGUCCGCAUGGCGAUGGACAAAAACGACCGAGACUACUACGGACUAAGGCAAGUCAUGGAUCCGUCCCUUCUCAAAGUGGGGCGUCUCGAGGGUUUUACAUGGUUCCUGGAGUUAGCAAUGCGAUGCCUCCACGAAUCAUCCGCCAACCGUCCCAGGAUGAAUGAAGUCGUGAAGGAAAUCGAGAUGAUCCUGCAAGCCGACGGGAUAGCCACAAGCAUGACGUCCGCGUCCUCAUCGGCCACAGACUUUGGAGCUUCACAUUAUGGUGCUCCUAGGCAUCCUUUGUACAGUGAUGUUUCAUCCAGUAGUAAGGAUGUUAGUUACAGCAAUUCGUUCGACUACAGCAGUGGGUACGCACUUUCGAUGAAGAUUGAACCAAAGUAAAUGUCGAUCGCUAGAGUCGCUUAUUUUGUUCAUCAAAUUUGUAUGGCAGUUAGCCGACUUUGUUCCAUUCGUCAUAUAGUAAUUUUAUAUCACUCCAUACAUACACAAAA